GAAAAGCAAGAGCUCUUCGCGAAAAAGGCCACGGAAAACGACCAAAUGCAACAAAAGCACUUACCGUUCAAGAUGAAGAGCAGCUAUGGAAAAACCGUGUACCUGGCGAACAAACUCCAAAGUCACUCCUUUAUACUCUAUGGUAUCUGCUCACCCUUCAUUUUGGUCUUCGUGGUGAAGAAGAAGAAAUGGGAAACAGUGGCCCGUUUGUCUCGCCAUUAUUGAAAAUCCGGAAUCCGAAGUGUGGUACAAGAAACAUGGGUGUUAAUAAGAUUGACUCCUUCAUGAAAUAUAUGGCCUUGGAAGCGGAAUUGGAUGUAGACGGAAGAAAGUUAAUCAACCAUUCGGAAAGAAAAGCGCUCGUGAAGAAGCUGAAGGCCUCGAAUCAGCCAAGAAGUGCUAUCAUCGGUGUAACAGGCUACACAAGCGAGCGUUCACUGGCAAUAGACUACCAGGAAGGUGACGAAGCAGAACAGCGACAGAUUUCAUCCAUCAUCAGCUCUCCUGUCUGCCAACAGGUUCAAAAUUGCUGUCCAGUUCUUUCCAGUUUGCCCAAUCAGCACAAUCAAUCAUACAGCGACUCCAGCCUGCCAGACAGUAGUCCAUCACUUUUUAUAGCUGUCAGGUGACGAUACAUUACGGAGCUGGUGUUGGUGGUUUUCAACAAAGCAACAACUAAACACUGGGAUGAGCUUACCCCUACCUUAUCUUAAUUUGUGGUUUCGCUUCUCCGCUGCAGUGACUGCAAAAACCGUGAUUUCAAAAUUACUUUCAUUGAACUAUUUCAUGUUGUUUGCCUUGAAUGGUUUGAACUGGUUUCACAAAAAACUGGCAAUCAUUUUUUUUUUUUUCAUUGACGUAAAAAGAUUGUUACGAAUGCAGACGCCUGUUUUUCAACCGUAACGAGAUAAAGGUCUCUUGUGCGUUACCGCAAAUUUCUCGGCUUCUAUUAUAAACAAAUAAUAGCAUGACCCGUACGUGGUAUUUUGCAAUAAUGCCGGCUCGUAAUAUUUCAAAAUUUUCCGAAUACCACCCGCCGCUUCGCGGCUCGUGGUAUUUUGGACGAUUUUAAAAUAUCACUCGCGGUAUUAUCACCAAAUACCACUACGAGUCAUGCUUUGCGCAAGACACGUGUGUUUAGUUCUGG